AAAGAGACGGAGAGAGAGGGAAGAAAACGACAGAUAGAUAGAUAUUGGGGGGAAGGAGAAAAAAGGAGAAGAGAGGGAAGGGAAGAGAAGAUAGGACAGCGGAGAGAGAGCACCAGAGAGAGAGAGAGAGAGAGCGCUAGAGAGAGGGAGCGAGCAUGUGCGAUGAGCAAUAGCUGUGGACCUUACAGUUGCUGCUAACUGCCCUGGUGUGUGUGAGGGAGAGAGAGGGAGGGAGGGAGAGAGAGCGCGCUAGCGCGAGAGAGCGAGUGAGCAAGCGAGCAGAAAAGAGGUGGAGAGGGGGGGAAUAAGAAAGAGAGAGAAGGAAAGGAGAGAAGGCAGGAAGAAGGCAAGGGACGAGACAACCAUGCUGUGCUGUAUGAGAAGAACCAAACAGGUUGAAAAAAAUGAUGACGACCAAAAGAUUGAACAAGAUGGUAUCAAACCAGAAGAUAAAGCUCAUAAGGCCGCAACCAAAAUUCAGGCUAGCUUCCGUGGACACAUAACAAGGAAAAAGCUCAAAGGAGAGAAGAAGGAUGAUGUCCAAGCUGCUGAGGUUGAAGCUAAUAAGAAGGAUGAAGGGCCUGUUGCCGAUGGGGUGGAGAAGAAGGGAGAAGGCACCACUACUGCCGAAGCAGCCCCAGCCACUGGCUCCAAGCCUGAUGAGCCCGGCAAAGCAGGAGAAACUCCUUCUGAGGAGAAGAAGGGGGAGGGUGAUGCUGCCACAGAGCAGGCAGCCCCCCAGGCUCCUGCAUCCUCAGAGGAGAAGGCCGGCUCAGCUGAGACAGAAAGUGCCACUAAAGCUUCCACUGAUAACUCGCCGUCCUCCAAGGCCGAAGAUGCCCCAGCCAAGGAGGAGCCUAAACAAGCCGAUGUGCCUGCUGCUGUCACUGCUGCUGCUGCCACCACCCCUGCUGCAGAGGAUGCUGCUGCCAAGGCAACAGCCCAGCCUCCAACGGAGACUGGGGAGAGCAGCCAAGCUGAAGAGAACAUAGAAGCUGUAGAUGAAACCAAACCUAAGGAAAGUGCCCGGCAGGAUGAGGGUAAAGAAGAGGAACCUGAGGCUGACCGAGAACAUGCCUGAACUCUAAGAAAUGGCUUUCCACAUCCCCACCCUCCCCUCUCCUGAGCCUGUCUCUCCCUACCCUCUUCUCAGCUCCACUCUGAAGUCCCCUCCUGUCCUGCUCACGUCUGUGAGUCUGUCCUUUCCCACCCACUAGCCCUCUUUCUCUCUGUGUGGCAAACAUUAAAAAAAAAAAAAAAAAAAAA